GUAAAUAUUAAAACGUACACAUUGACAUCCAUACAUCGAUUAAUGCAAGUCUUAAAUAUAAGAUGAUUUUAUAAGACAUUUAAAAAAAAAACAAAUCAAGUCUAUGGUCAUGAACACUUUUGGAAAGUGCGAGAAUUUAUCGAUCAUCCCUAAGUUUCAGGGCUACAGUACGGCCAGUUCAAAGUGCCAGAGUUUCACAUUCAUUUGGGUUUUUAGCUGUGAAUUAUAUUGACCGGCGGCUUUUCUUUUCUUUUUGUUCAAACCUAACACUUAUUUGAUCAUGGCUACUCACGAGUUUUUUGUUGAUAUGACAUGUGAAGGAUGCUCUGGUGCAGUGACUCGGGUUCUUAAAAAGCUAGAUGUCAAAUUUGACAUUGAUCUUCCUAACAAGAAGGUCUUCAUUGAGUCGGAUAAAGACACAGAAGUCCUGCUGGAAACGCUGAAGAAAACCGGCAAAACUGUCACGUACAUUGGUCCUAAAUAGGCCAGAUGUUAAACAUUAACUGUCCAUAUGGAGCAACGUGUAUUCCUGUCACUAUCCAUUUGUAAUCCUUGUCUCUAUUAAUUAAUAUUUGUAUCGUUUUGUUGGACUUGUUAAAGUUGCCCAUUUUCCAUAUUUAACUACUAAUGGUAUGUAUUAAAAAACUAACAUGGAAUAACAGAUUUGCAUGUAAUACAGAUGGAACAUGGAAUAACCGAUUAUUUUUCAGUUUAUAGAUUUAAUCCAAUUCAUGUGUAGAAGUUACUCCUGGGAAAUGAGCAAGCUCCUAAAAUCGGCUCAUAUUUAACUGAUUAAGCUGAUUAAUUGAUUUAAUUAAUGUCUAAUUCCAAUUGUUGCUAUGUAACUGCUCUAUACAUGCACAUCGUGGGGCAAAAAUGACAAACAAACCCAAAAUGUGGAAAUACUAAGCUUUUAAGAGUCUUUCCAACAAAUGAUUUGGUCAAAAAUCUAUCAAGACUUUGUAAUAAAUGCACACCUGAAGCCACGGGUAUGAUUGUUUGGUAUUUCACUGAUGUUUGGGGGAAAAAUACCUAGAAACAGAUCAAUCAUGUCAUGAUUUUUGAUGCAAAAUUCAGCACAUGUAUAAGAUCACAAAAUUGUGGAAAACUAAACUGUUUGUUUUCUGCAAGUUUACACACCAUGCUUGAAUAUUUAAAGAAAUCUAAAAAAAAAAAACAAUUAUAAUAAUAAUAAAAUAUUAAGUUACUUUAUCCCACUAAUUACUCGACCAGUAAUUUGUUGCUAAGCCUAAUAUUUUGACAUUUUGGCUUUGACCCAGUUUUUUAGCCCAGCUGUGUAUAUUGGUGCAUUUUACAAGGUCAUUAUUUUGAUAUACACUGCUACUGAAUUGUGUAAUGUUUGUGGCUUUAUGGUAUUUCAGUAUAUUGCCUUUAGACUCUGCUACAUUAUCACAUGCAACCUGCAAAUGUGUGUAAUAUAUUAAACUGCUAAACUCAGA